CACUUACCUCGUUCAAUGCAUUGUUUCACCUCCAUCCUCAAAUACUAGUAGUAGGGUAGCUGUCUAAGCUUGGGCAGUAUCUACAGUACGUUUCCCAUACGUUCCACCUGAUGGCGCCUCAUUUGGACGCGUUUCACUCUCUAGCUGCUGUCGAACAUAUCAUGGCCAUUGCUGUGUUUCUUCAAACGAAAAUCCUCAUUUGCGUUCUUGCAGCUGCGGGCGUUUGGUUCCUCCUCGGUCUAAUGUUCCUAGUGUUGCUGAAACGCAACCUAAAGGACCGAAAGAGCCCCUCCUUGGCUCAUCGCCGCUUCUUCAAACAAGCGACAGUUGGUGCCCUGUGGAUCUCUGUUGCGCUGGCUUUAGCAGGAACAGGCGCAGUGUCACAGACCUCUGGAGCUUUACAAUACUUCAGCAACUCAGUGGAAGCCCAGUCCAUCAAGGUAUCAUCAGGAACCACAAUCCAGGCGUUGCAAUGGCUUGUCGUUGCCUUCUCUACCAUAUUUGCUUUCGGAGUUUCUGCAAUUUUCAAAACGGCAGACGGCACUAUGAAAACUGCAACAAACAGCUCAGGUGCCAGUGGAGUUUCCUCCUCCUCCUCCACCAACAUUUUAAUUGAACUUGAGUAGCAGAGCUUGUGGCACAGAUUACCGCUUCCUUCACGAGUCACUUUCCGCAUAUGCUUGCGACUAGUUUUUGUUGUGUUACCGCGCUGUUCUGUCAUUUGCACUAUGUAAUAUGCGUAGAUUCAUAGAAUUCCGUUUCCAC